CUAAUCAUCUGCUUCCGCUUAUAUAAGUUAGUCGAAAAACUCAUUCGUUUCAAUAUCUCUCUCUCUGGAUCGAGGGGUUUAAGCUGGGUUUUUUUCUUUUCUUUCAUCGCUGCCCUAGAAUUUGGCGCCUUUCUGCUUCGAUUUGGGUUUCUUGGUACCUCCGUAAUCCAGUAAAUUUCUCCCAAUUUUACUCCUUUCGUUAGGGUUUCCCAUUGAGUUUCUUCGCCGGAGUUUGUCUGGUCCUUCUUCCUAGUUGAUUCUGCUGCUCGGGGUGGUUUUUUUUUUACAAUGGGGAAGUCUUCUUCUCCGGUACCGAGAUGAGAACCUAGUUGGGAUUGGGAUUGAGCUAAACCAAACUUGGUCUUAAAGGAAUGCGCUUUUCGUUGGGUUGAUUCAAGAAAUGGUUCUACAUGUUACGUUGUAUAAAGUUGUAAUAAAGGUUGAACAUGAUCAAUGGAGGAGGGGAGGGUGGGAGUCAGCGGAGAGAAGUACACGGGAAAAGAAGUGUUUUUCGUGGCAGUGAUUUUGAGUAUGCUCUCGCUAGAAUGGCUGUGGCGCAGAUAUGUGAGAGCGUUGAGAUGAACAGUUAUCAGGAGUCACAGGCACGCGAAGGUGUGAGAUUCAGUUCUUUUCAAGAGACUGCUCUUGAAACAUUUACCGAUGUAGUGAUCAAGUACAUCCAGAACGUUGGGAAGACUGCGCAGUUCUAUGCUAAUAUGGCUGGUAGAGUAGAAGGUAAUGCUCUGGACAUUGUUCAAGCACUGGAGGAUCUUGGAUCUGGACUUGGUUUCGACGGGGCUCAUGAUGUUGAGCAUUGUCUCGCUGAUUCUGGUGUAGUCAAGGAUAUUAUUCGUUAUACCGGAGAAGCUGAGGAAUUGCCUUUCGUUUAUUCUCUUCCUCGUUUCCCUUUUAACAGAGGAAAAAGACCAGCUCCUAGCUUUUUGGAGAUCGGAGUAGAGCCACCAGAUGAGCAUAUUCCAGUUUGGCUUCCGGCAUUUCCUGAAACCAAGAUGUCUAACGGGUCAGAGGAGACUAAUGUUGACAAAAUAGAAGGGAAUGUUGACAAAAUAGAAGAGGAUGUGGAAAGUAGAGAAAAUGGACAAUCUUUGUUGAGUAUGCAGCAGUCUGUCGAUAUCGAGAGAUUAAAGGUUCAGAAAUCCAUGGAUCAAAAGGAUGUUCAGAAACCAACAGAGGAACCGGAAGGUAACCCGUUUCUUGCUGCACCACUUUGGGCUGGAGAGAAGAACGUGGCACGUGUGUUUUGCCCGUCAGAGCUUACAAAGGGAGAAAUUAGCACUGACCACGUUCCUGAGAAACGUAUGAGCAAAACCCAUCACAUUCCAGCACUUGAGGCAUAUGCUAUAUCUGACAAGACCAGAUUAGCUGAAACGGAAGAUGGAGAUAAAAGAGAUGGUGCAAGAACACAACAAGCUUUGCUUCGUUUCAAGAUUGAGACUCGAAAAGCCCCUGUGUGUUGGACGAUAAACCAGUGCUUAGAGGAAAAGGGUUGGUUUCAAGAGGAUGGAGACAAGACGGAGAAGAAGGUAGAACUCGAAGAAAAGCGAGAAAGUAUUGACACAGAUGUAAAAUAGGUAUUUUGUCAUUUAGAGUGUAGACGGAAUAUCUUUGGAUCCUGAGUUUAGUGAUAGUUUGCAAUUGAAUACAUGACCUUUAGGGAAAAAUAUUUUUUUUACUGACUCGAACUGCCAGAGGAAGAGAAGGGUGUUCGGUCUUUAACAUCAUUUGCUGGUGAAACAUUCUUUUUUUUUUUUAAAUGAAACUAUCCUCAAUUCUAGUUAAA